AUGUCGUCUGGAUACGGUCUGACUGGAGGACCUUCGCGCUGCUUCCCUUACUGGCAAGAAGUCCUCGCCUGCUAUGUCGUGAACACAUCCGCCGAAGACGACUCUGGCAAAGCCAAGUGCCAGCCUCCACUUCAGGAUUACUACGAGUGCUUGCACCACCGCAAAGAGGCAUCCAAAAUCAUCGCCCUACAAGCCGCGUACCGAAAACGCGAAGCCGCAACACCGAGAGACAACGCGCCGAGCGCCGGCGAGAUCAGGAGUUUGGGACUAUUGGAAGCAAGUGAUGCGGAGAAGCAAGUGACGCCGGCGAAGCUAUUGGCGACGAAGGGAGCGAAGGCAUGA